AUGCAAUUCUUCACUCUCCUCGCGAGUAUAAUUCCCCUCUCCGUAGCCUCCCGGCUUGCCAUCUCCAUCCCCGCAUCCGCCCAGAUCCCCCAACCCGCCAGCCUCUCCUCAUCAACCUACGCCAUCCUACAUUCCUCCGGCCCCUCGCUCACCGCGCCGCUCACCAGCCGCAACACCUUCGAAUUCGGAAGCCUCGAGCCCGGGUCAUAUCUCCUAUCCGUGUAUUGUCGCGACUAUGCGUUCGAGCCGCUGAGGGUGGAUGUGAGUGGAGAAGCGGACGAGGAGACAGUCCAGGUGUGGCAGACGUUCCGCGGAAACGCGUGGGAUAACAAAGGGGAGUUGAGGGGCGCGGGGAAGGAUGUGACGGUGGAUAUCAGGGCGUUGGGGUCGAAUGAGUACUAUCAGAGCCGUGGUGGAUUUUCUCUGUUAUCAUUCUUCAAGAACCCGAUGAUCUUGAUGUCAUUGUUCUCGCUUCUCGUCAUCGGCGGGCUCCCGUGGAUUAUGAACAACAUGGAUCCCGAGACGAAAGCCGAAUUCGAAGCAAUGCAGAAGCAGCGACGCGAAAAGCCUGCUAGCUCACCAUCUGAUACUGCAUCGCAAAUUCAAAAUUUCGACAUGGCCGGUUGGUUGGCUGGUUCGUCAAAGGACAAACGAGGUUGA